GACUUGCAGCUGCUCGGAUCCGCCACAACUACGCCUACAGCAACUACCUUACUGUUCGGAUACAACCAGUCCCCCGUGAAUUUAUUCGUUGCUCCAGAAGCAACCCGUGCUAACCAGAAAAAUGAAAUGAUCACAAAAAUGCCAUUCAAAAAUGGUACUUUUCGGCAGACUGAGGUUAGCGAUAAGCCAGUAAGAAAAUCGAAAAAUCAUGCGGUGAAACGUCAGAUCAGUUUAUUCAGCUCAGGGUCGCCACUUCUGGACCCAUCCUUGUCGUUAUCUGGACUGACCGACCUGAAACCCAUAGAAUUGGGAAACCCGUUCACGCCAAAUCCACUGAUGAGUUUGUUUACGAAUGUUGCUGCUGGCAGGUUUACAACAAUCCUUCCAAGGAUACCGAAAAUCAAAUCACCUGGGAAUAAGUUGCCAAAACUGCGCUUUCCGGAACCAGCCCCUUUACCGGAUCCGUUCUACAGUCCUUUGAUACCGAAAAAUGCUACGAAAAUUUGGGAUGAGCUUUUUGGUCCACGAUGA